AUGAAGUUGCCUCCGUGUUCCACAAACGCCUCCAAGAAACUGCAUUUGAAGCUUAUCAUGAUAAUCUCCAUAAGCAGUGGAGUCCUAUUGCUUAUCGUCCUUUGUAGCAUUGUUUGCUUGCUGGUACAGCAGGAGGAGCAAGCCACACCAUAUGCUGAAUUAGCCAAUGCAACAAAUGGUUUUGCUUCUGAGAACCUCAUCGGAGUAGGAAGCUUCGGCUCGGUGUACAGGGGAAGACUGGCGAUCCACGACCAGCAGGUCAUUGUUGCUGUCAAAGUGUUCAAUCUGCAACAACGUUGUGCAUCUCAAAGUUUUCUUGCAGAAUGCAAGACCCUGAGAUGUGCUCGGCAUCAAAACCUUGUGAAGAUCUUGACAGUCUGUUCAAGUAUGGAUUUCCAGAGCCAGGAUUUCAAAGCUCUUGUGUUUGAAUUUCUACCGAAUGGAAAUUUGGACCAAUGGAUACAUGAGCCUGCUGAGGAAAAUGAUCAAGACAAGGCGCUAAAUCUCAUCGGAAGGCUCAGCAUCGCCAUCGAUGUGGCAUCUGCACUUGAUUAUUUUCACCAACACAUGCCAUUGCCAAUUAUUCACUGUGAUCUCAAGCCAAGCAACACUCUCCUUGAUAGUGACAUUGUUGCUCAUGCUGGUGAUUUUGGGCUUGCAAGAGCCCUGCCUAAAGACCCAAGCGGCUGUUUAGAGAAAUCAAGUGGCUGGGCUACAAUGAGAGGAACAAUAGGCUAUGCUGCUCCAGAGUACGGUUUGGGCAACAAAGUUCAAAUCCUAGGUGAUGUGUACAGCUAUGGGGUACUGUUGCUGGAGAUGUUUACUGGCAAAAGACCAACAGGCGGGGAGUUUGGAGAAGCUCUAGGCCUUCACAAGCAUGUCCAAAUGGCACUUCGAGUUCCAGACAGAACCACCAGUUGUUAUCAGAGGACAAAGAUGGAAGAGAAGCAAACACCUCAAACCCUGGCAGGAAAAGAGAUAAUAUCAAUUGCUUGCAUCACUUCAAUUCUGGACAUUGGAGUUUCAUGCUCAAAGGAAACUCCAAUAGACCGCAUGCAAAUUAGAGAUGCUUUGAAAGAGUUGAUGAAGAUAAAAGACAAGUUCCUCAUGCAUCUUUCCAGUAUGCAAGUGUCAAGUAACUGA